UUGUUCUGUGGAUGCUUAGGAAGAGAGACAUUGCCAAUGCGAUGAAUUUUUUAUUUUUUUUAUUAAUGUGAGUAUCCGGACAGCUUGUGUGCAACUCGACUAAUCUUACGGGUCCUGAAGUUAAUGGCUAUGUAAGCCUCCAAUAAUCAUCAUAUUAGCAACCAAAUAGCUCGAACCUGAAACUAUAAGAGUGUGGAAAUCAGUCUCAAAAUUAGUUAGGAUCUUAAAGAAAUCUUAGUAUAUAUGGUUUAGGAAAGAGAAUCUGGUAUUAACUAUCCAAAUUCUCUAGAUUAUUGCUUUCUAGUUUAGUGUAGGAUACUUUCCUAUCUAGUAUUUAUUUCUUGUUUUGAGGGUUAGUAGGUUAGCUUCUCUUCCAUAUUUAUUGUACAAACAUACUGCUAGUAAUAUUAAGAAAAGAGAAAGACUUCUCUCAAAAUUCUUCAUGGUAUCAGAGCCUACUCUUGAACCCUAAUCUGCUUCUCUAAGGCAUGGCAGCAGCAGGACAAAGCUCUCUCUCUGAGGUGACCUCACAGCCAGGAACAACCUCUCAUGGUAGCCUUUCAGGAGGCACUGAAGGCACAUCACACCAAAUCACAGGACACAAACUCAAUGGAUAUAAUUUCAAUGGUCAUCAUCAAUCAUGAUGUUUAUUUGUGGAAAGGGCAGAGAUGACUACCUCACAGGGGAUAUCAUCAUACCAGAAAAGAAUGAUCCCAUGUUCCGAACAUGGAAGACUGAAAAUCAUAUGGUAAUGUCAUGGCUGAUCAAUUCAAUGACCAAUGAAAUUGGAGAAAAUUUUCUCCUAUAUGGAACAGCAAAGGAAAUCUGGGAAGCAGCAAGAGAAACCUACUCAAGUUCUGAAAAUACAUCAGAACUAUUUGAGAUUGAGGCAGUGUUACAUGAUCUACGCCAAGGAGAACUUUCUAUUACUCAAUACUUCAACACUCUUUGCCGUCAUUGGCAGCACCUAGAUAUGUUUGAAAUUCACAACUGGAAUUACCCUGAAGACACAGUCCUAUAUAGAAGAAUUGUUGAGCAGAAAAGAACUUUUAAAUUUCUUCUUGGGCUCAACAAGAACCUUGAUGAAGUCAGAGGAAGAAUAAUGGGAACCAAACCUCUUCCAAAUCUCAGAGAAGCAUUCUCUGAGGUUAGACGUGAAGAAAGUAGAAAGAAAGUAAUGAUGGGACCUCACAACUCAGCUCAUAUAAUGGAAGGAUCUGCCCUUGCUACUCGAGGCUAUUCAAACAGCAACUAUGAUAACCGACAGAGGAAAGGAAGACCCUGGUGUGAUCACUGCAACAAACCAGGACAUGUCAAGGAAAAUUGCUGGAAGAUUCAUGGCAAACCUGCUGAUUGGAAACCAUCAAAAUCAAUAAAUGACAAAGACAGACGUGCCAACAAUGUUAUCUCAGAUAACAACCAAGAUAAGAACACCAUUCUGCCAACGGAAACAAGUCCUUUCAGCAAGGAACAACUUGAGAUCUUACAGAAACUCUUCAGUCAGAAUUCACUGUCUCAACCAAGUAUGUCAGCCUCUGGUUCUGGAUCUGGUCUGUCAGCACAAAAAGGAUUUGGAUACGGGGAAGAAGAUUGGCAGUGCUAAGAUGUGUUCUGGGCUCUAUCUGCUCAAAAGUGAGAUUCUUCUAAAGCAAACUCAAAAUAGAAGCUAUGUAUCAUCCAAGGGUCAGUCAACUUUAAAUUUUCAUGUUAAUAAAGAUAGUGAAGUUCUGUUAUGACAUUAUCGUCUUGGUCAUCCAAACUUCAUGUACCUUGAAAAGCUGUUUCCAUCCUUCUUUUCCAAUAAAAGCUCACAAUCCUUCAAAUGUGAAAUAUGUCAACUCUCUAAACAUGUUCGCAGUAGCUAUCCCACCAUUUCAUAUAAACCAUCACAUCCAUUUGCAAUGAUUCAUAGUGAUGUAUGGGGCCCCUCACAAGUGCACAAUAUAACUGGAACUCGGUGGUUUGUCUCAUUUGUUGAUGAUCACACUAGAUUGACUUGGUUAUUCCUUUUGAAAGAAAAAUCUGAAGUCAGCCAG